CAGGAUGGGUGUUACCGCCAACGGUGGUGCUGGCGGUUAUGGAAGUAACGAUGGAAGAAAUAGGUGUAAAGACAAAACAAAUAUGUAUGCUAAAUAACAUGUUCUGUGUUAUGAGAGUUAAAGUGAAGUAUAUUAAGUUCUGGUGCUAUGAAAGUUCAGUAAAUGAGAGAUAUAAUGAAACUAAGUGAGAGUGGUGAAGAUGUGGUAGUGAGACUCGUGUUUACUGGGAAAAGCGCGGACGCAGCAGUAAAGCGAGAUAUGGAGGGAGGGUGACAUGGGAGUGAUCAACUAUCGCUGACCGAAGGGCAGGCAUGAGGCGCCGAGCGCCAGCAGGGACGAAGCCUGGAGGGACAGAUCCCUUUGUGCCGCCACCGCUUUCGGCUAUAACUACUUCAGGAAAGAUCGGACCAUUACAAUAUAGACUCAGGUGUUGCUUGGUGACAGGCCUCCUAAAGACCCAAACACGUCAGUUCCACAUCUGUAUUACGAGGGGUUGAUUGCCCUAAUUGUCAUAAUCCAUGAUUAAUGAUGCGUUAUGUUGAUACAAUAUUUAAUGACGAUACAAAGUAGCAGCGCGAACCACGAACAAAAACAUGCUAGCAGCUCGACGGCUAAACAGCGCCGCCAAGGCGUGGUCAGCAGCGAUAGGCGUUGGUUUCCGUCGAUCUACUCCCCCUCAGCCAACAAGGGUGGCAUGGCAGAAAGUGGGGACGGUGAGUGGAUGUUCGUACUCACAGUCCACCGCUGGUGCAACCAUCGCCGCUGUUAACCUCCAGCCAGACGCGAAAAUGCUAAAGGUGCGAUGGACCGGUGGAGGUGAUGACUCUUAUCCCUAUCUCUGGCUGCGAGAUAAUUGCCAGUGUACCAAGUGCUUUCAUCGAUCGUCUCUGUCACGCAGUGUUAUGCUGAAAGACCUCAGCCUUUCUCUCAACUGUGCAGACGUCAAGGUUAGUGAUGGCGGAGAACAAGUCAAGAUGCAGUGGACAAACGGUCAUCUGGGGACAUACGAUGCCCAGUGGCUGCAUGAAAGAGCUUUCAGAGAACCACGCCAUAAGCCUCGGAGCCAGGAAUGCAGACUCCAGAAGAAAUACUGGGGACAUGAACUGCAGGAUAAUGUACCUCGUGCUUCCUUCACUGAACUUUUACAAAGCGACUCAGCUCUCCUAGCCUUCCUGGAAGAUCUGGAGAUAUUGGGCGUUGUAUUAGUGUCAGAUGUUCCAGCUGAAGUGGAUCAACUUCUUCUCCUCACCAAUCACAUCGGACACAUGAAGAUUACUCACUACGGCACUACGUUUGAUGUGGUUGACAGGCAUGACCCCAAUAACCUCGCAUACACUGGUGGCAGCCUGGACUUGCAUUCAGAUAUGCCCUAUUUGCAGAACAAGCCUGGAAUACAACUGUUACACUGCAUUAAGCAGUUCAGUGGUGAGGGUGGCGAUUCUCAGCUAGCAGACGGAUUUGCCGCCGCUCUGAAACUCAGCACGAUCAACCCGAAAUAUUACGAAACACUUUCACAAACUAUGGUGGACUUCGUGGACGUUGGAAUCGAAGGUGGGAAGAAGUUUCACGCUUCUUGGAGAGCACCGGUGAUCGAGCUGGAUGGUGAAGGUACUAUCAAAAACAUAAACUGGAACCAGAUGACGCGUGAUUCUCAUUUCGGAGUUCCCUUACAAGCAGCAGAAUUGUGGUACGAAGCUAAUCUCGUCUUCAGGGAUAUCAUUCACGAUGAAAACAGUCUUAUUACCCGAAAACUACAACCCGGGGACUUGCUCGUCUUUGACAACCUGCGCAUACUGCAUGGUCGGACAAGAUACAACGCUAUGCAGGGUGAGCGCGUGCUUCAAGGCUGCUAUUGGGAAUGGGAUACAGUAAGCUCCCUUCGUCGAGUGCUUCGUGGAGAAAUGGCAACUUAAAUUCUACUUUGAAGGUCAUAAUUGACAUGACUAAGGCUGCCCACAUACAGGACACUUUUUGUGGUCAGUGGUCGCCAUGAAAUAUAGUCACCACGAAGAAAUGGUUGGCAUUUACAGCCCGGACACGAGCCACGCACUGGCAGCCACUAAUAAUGUAAUGUCGAUUAUUGUCAUCAUCGAUCCCGUGGAUGUAGCAGCUAUCUAAGCUCUUUUAUAAAAAAAAAAUAAAUAAAAUAAAUAAAUAAAAAAACACGAAAAAAAGCUGCCAAAAAAGUAUCGGACAUACCCCAUUGUUAAUCAGACUUACGUGGAGUAUGUUACACAUUGUACGAUAAACUGAAACACUAUCAUGAUUUUUAUCUUAUUUUAUUACUUCAGUAAGUCUCAGGAAAGUUAUAAUCAUCUUGUGACAAUAAUUGGAUUACGAGUACAGACAUCACGGGAAGACACCAACGUGAAAUGUGAGACAGGAGAAGAAAGACUUGCUGUAAUUAUACCUCAACCGCAGGAACGUUAGCAUACGUUAAUCUCCAACAGCAGUGUGCCCCGCAUGGAUAAAAAAAAAAAAUGUGGGCAGCAGGGUGGUGACGAGUACCAUAGUGGCUCAUGUUGGGGCUAUCAUUCGAAAUAAGAGUAUCUGUCAUUGACCACAGUGGCCGCCCAGUGGUGUGGCGGGGAAAAUAGACCUGCCGGCCACUAUUUCGUCACUUUUUGUAAUCACCUCAAAAGUGGUCCAUGUGUGUGUGUGUGUGUGUGUGUGUGUAUAUAUAU